AUGCGCUGGAGCUGCAGCGGGGCUGCGUCCGGACCUGGCACGACGCUGCCGGCCGCGAGGAAGGUACGGACGGACCCGGCGUCCUGGGAUGCCAGACGCGCGCUCUUCCGCGACCGGGCGGGCACAGGCGAGGGAGGAACGAAUGAGUCGUUCAGGGAGCUAGGCGUCGAGCCCGAAACAGACGGGGAUGCACGAGCAUGGGGCGAAGACUGCAUGCAUCACGACCCCACCACCGCCGCUGUCUCCCCUCCCUCAGGUGCAGUUUCUCGUGGGCCGCGUCUUGGAGCACGGCCCACUCCCCUGCGCGAUCCAGGGGCCCACAACUUCAACCCAGGCGCAGGUUGGAGCUCGCUGCCCGGACAGCUGCCCGAUCCUUUUCCCAUCGAGCUGAACUCGACUUGCCUGUCCCGCAGCGGCGUAACUGCUCUCCAACUCCCACCAAAAAGGAGCACCGUGGACCAUCGCGCCUCAAGCCACCUCCGGGCUUCCCGGGACCGAUCCCCGCUCCCUGUUCCCGUGUGUGGGAAAGACUGGAGUGUGUGUGCGCCCGCUCUCCGUGCGUGA